CUUUCUAGAUGCACUUAUAAAGCCACGGCAACUUAGAAGGCCAGACCCGACAACCUCAGACGAAAUCCAGAAACCAGCAUCUCCAGUCAUGUGGGGGAGCGCAGACGGUGGACCGCCGGAGGUCACUUUAGAGACUACCAUGGGUUCAUUCACCGUUGAGAUGUACUACAAGCACACACCAAAGACAUGCCGGAACUUUGUGGAGCUCUCGAGAAGGGGUUACUAUGACGAUGUAAAAUUCCAUAGAAUCAUCAAGGAUUUUAUGGUACAAGGGGGAGACCCUACUGGCACCGGAAGAGGAGGAGAAUCCAUAUACGGUACUAAGUUUGAGGAUGAGAUAAGAUCUGAGCUGAAGCACACUGGUGCUGGGAUAAUUUCCAUGGCAAAUGCGGGUCCAAAUACAAAUGGAAGCCAGUUCUUCAUCACACUAGCGCCAUGCCAAUCACUGGAUGGUAAGCACACAAUCUUUGGAAGAGUAUGCAGUGGAAUGGAAAUUAUCAAACGGCUUGGAAGUGUGCAGACCAAUAAUAAUGACAGGCCGAUUCAUGAAGUUAAGAUACUGAGAACCAUGGUUAAAGAUUGAAGAAAAAUCAUAGGAGAUAAAAAUGCUCGGUGCAUUGAUGACGCCGGUUUCCACAUAUUUUUAAUUUGAGAAACAGAAACCUGUCUUCUGAUUGCAUACUCAAGGUUUGUGAUACUGGACAAGCGUAAUGAUGACUACCUUUUCUGAUACUACUACAGUGUUGCUCAUGCUUGUCACGUUAAGUAGUAACAGGGGCUAUUUUGAAUUAUUUUUUAAUUAAUAUUUUACUAUGAAAUAAAUAUAUUUUGAGAUUUUUA